ACUGGAGCUUUGUCAGAAGCAGCAUGUAGCCACACCUGAAGCUUUCCACAAUACGCGGAAGUCACCUGUAAACCAGCACCUGGUCUGUUGUUGCUUGGUUUUUCCAGCUCGGAGCAGUUUAACAGGACUGUGAGCAGGAGAGGAUCUCUGAGCUCAGGUGAGCGGAAACACGGCACAGGUGGACGAUGGUGUGUGUGUUGGUUCCUCUUGUCUUGGCUCUCCUCCUGUCGGCCUCACUGUCAUCUUCAGGGGCGGGGCAGGCCUCUCCAUGCCCCCCUCAGUGGCUCCUGUUCUGGCAGAGGUGCUUCGCUUUCUACCCCGUGUGGAGCUCCUGGAGCUCUGCUAACUCUCUGUGCUCUCAGACAGGUGGGAACCUGGUGUCAUUUCACACACCAGAGGAGAGGCAGUUUGUCCAUCAGCUAGCAAGCACAAACACUCCUGUGUGGCUGGGUGGAUACCGGACACAACAGAAUGGAUCUUGGUUUUGGAGUGACGACUCAUCCUUCAGCAUCAGUGGUUGGACCAAUCAGAGGCAGGGAAAGACUGGAGAGGGCGGGGCUUGCAUGCAAAUGGACCCAAAUAGUGGAGAGCUGUACAGCGCCCCCUGUGGAGAGCUGAGCUUCUACAUCUGCUCCACCAGAGCCAGUUCUGAAGACUCCCCCGAGAACAGGAAGCCAGUGGAGUCAGGUAUCGUCCCCGGCGUCAGCCUCUUCGAUGCUGUGUGGAGCUACAGCGACUCGCUGGCGGAGGAGAUCCUCCGCUCGUCCUCCUUCCUCCAGGAGAUCUGGUCCGGUCGCCUGACGCAGCGCUGCUACUCCAGCUUCAUGCAGCAGGAGGCGCUCUAUCUGCACAGAGUCAGCGGCACGCUGGAGGCCCUGAUAAGUCGUUUACAGGAACCAGAUGACCUGAGAUCACUGCUGCUGGACACACUGGACCACUACAGCAGCAGAAACCAGAGCCUCCUGGACUCGCCUCCUCCACAGUGGCUCCUCUUCUCCCUCCAGUCUUUCCACUCGGUGGUUUUGGAGGAGCCGGUCUAUUGGCUGGUGGCUCUGUCUGCCCGGGCCUGCCUCCGUAGCUUCCUGGUCGGGGAGCAGCUCCUCUCUGAGAGCAGGACUGGUACCCCGGGGGUGUCCAGGUCCGAGGUUAAACCCGGGAGCCUUUACCAGGACUGGAGUGAGGAGGGUCUGAAGGAGGUGGCCUGGACACAAAGGUACAGAAAGGUGAUAGAGGGGUAUCAGGAUCAGGUGGACGCGUUUAAAGCCAUAAACAUCUUCAGAGAGCACAUGAUGAACCAGAAGAGCUUCUUCAAAGCUGUAGCCUGUGAUGUAGAGGAGGGCGAAUGAUGAAGAGGAGGAGAGAAGGUGGGGCCGCCGUGAAGUAUUUUUCAGAAACACGAAUCACUUAAAACAAGACUGAAGCAGAACUCGUCUUCACCAGGAAGUGACUGGAGGUCUCUACUCCCACUUUUAUACUUGUACAUAUGUGUGUAUAUAUACAUGUAUAUUUACAGCCCUGAUUCCAGAACAGUCUGGGCUCAAACUGAGUUUCCUGAAGUGUUCCUGAGUCCAGGUGUUAAUUUCUUUAUCCAAUCACGUG